AUGGUCUCCUCUCUGCUUGCGGACGCGUUAUCAGAUCCAUCAUCAGUCCUCCAGGAUCUCUAUCAGAAGAACCGAGAAGCAAACAACUUCCCUCGUGUGGUGGUACACCACUUUGCGUCGGUCUUCGCUUCUGAUGCGGACAUCCAACAAGUACGCAUUCAGAACCUGUUUAUCUGCACUUGUUCAGGAAAUAAAAGGCCUCUAGUACGUUUUCGUGCUAUGGUGCAAUCGACUGGAACAGAAGUAUAUUGCAAAGAGCUCCCUGCCCGGCAGCUCGGUGGCUGGGGACUUGCAGAAGAAUGUGGAGACCGAGUGGAUGACGAUCCAACUUCACACGCCUAUGAGCAUUUCCUCGAUGAUCGGACGACCCUUUGGGCAGUAUCUGUUCCUGGUGAAUCGGCCUGGGCAUCCGGUACAGCGGUCAAAACGCUGAGUCAAACAAGUGCUCAAUCCAAGAAGAAUCCUUUUCCUUCCCAAGCACACCUUGGAGUCAACGUCAAACUUUAUGGAUCGGAGGCAGAAUCCUUAAAACUGACUGAUGUUGUGACGUUUGUUGGCAUCCUUGUAAACGCACCGAUACUCAAUGUUAACGAAGAAGAGAUUGAGGUGCCGACUUUGCAUACCGUGUUUCACCGUUCUCCGGAUGAGAGCAGACUGCCCUUCAAAUUCCCUAUGGAUAUGCUUGUGUUGGGCGCCCCAAAUGACAUAAUUCAAAAUCUCACACUGGGCCCACUCCAUGCUCUACGUUCCGAACUUAUCGCCUGGAUUGCCGCGGAGGGCCUUGGCGGAGACACCACCGUCGCCGAGUGGAUCUUGAUGGCGUGCAUAAGUCGUGUACAAUCUCGAGAACCACCCAUACUUCCCCUUUCCUUGACUAUCUCCUCUUUUCCUGCCCCGCCCCCUAUUCCGAACACCUCACCUACAAGGGUGAUUCUCGAGCCAACGAUCAAGCACGUUCUACAGCUGUUGCUUCCUGCCCUAGUCCAUUUGCCCCUCUCUAUCUCCUUCAUGAACGAAUCCCGCUUCCAACCACAAAGCGUGGACGAGGAGUUGCUUAGUGGGUGUCUCCAGCUUCCCGCUGGGACUGUGGUCCUUGUUUCGGACAGCGCUGUCUCUGAAGGGACGCUUCACGAGACCGGAGUGCGAAAUGUGGCAGCACUCAAACAAUGCGUCAGGAAUCAGACGCUGGAUUAUAUUUUCCCUUAUAGUUCGUUCCCUUUCCAAACGGAUUUGGAGUUCAUAGCUCUAGCACAGGGACGAACAUCACCUUUCGUCGAGACCGAUGUUUACGUGCCAUUGAGACCUGGGGAGGGCGUUUCGGUGCUGUAUAAAGACGCUGCGCAGGUACAGAAACCACCAGCGGAGAAAUUGAAACACUUUAGGGAUUUGCUCGGAGGCGCCAAGCAAGGCAAAGUCCAAAUCAGUGAAGAGAUAUCGCAAUUCAUUCAGCAAGACUAUGUUCGGGGGCGUCAAUCAUCCCCUUCUCCUGUCACGUCCGAUGAUCUCAUACUUCGGAUGUCAUUGGCAAGGUUGAUGUCUCUAUCCUUUCAUUCCCCAGAACUUACCAAGGACAUUUGGGCGAUCACGAAAAAACUGGACGAUUCAAGGAAGGAAUUACUGAGAGCAACGGCGCCGGGGGUUGAUCAAAGAGGACCAAUCUGA